GAAAAUUUAUGAUCACUGGUCGCGUGACUCCGUCACGUGAAGUGGGGUCAUAGCCUUGAACAUACGACAAUUUCAGCUCCCAAUAUUUACCGUUACCCUUCAGGCGGCCUAGAUCUGUUAAAAAUCUUACCUAAAGUCUCUACCAAACUGAACUUCUGACCACCCACGAGUCAUCCAUCCCCUCAAACACCGGGAGGGACAGUCCAUCGCCUUCCCCUCACACUCUCGCCUCGCAACGCAGCCUGAUCUCUCACUGUCAAAAUGGCAAGACAGGAGAAACUCCACAAGCACGCCCCAUGGAGUAAAAAGGUCCUAAUUACCCUCUGGGUCCUCCAGCUCGGCCUCUCCCUCUUCGAAUUCAGCUGGUGUCUCACGCUACUCAUCCUCGUCGCCAAUGCCGGUUCUGACGCUGGCGGCUCUCAAUUUGAGCGUGCAGCUUGGGGCAUAAACAUGAUCCUCGGCUCAAUCCUCUCCAUCUACAUAAUCCACAUCAUCAAGAAGUUCGCCAGCUUCAGACUCACCACCAAAGAAUUCCAGAUACAGAGCAUAGCAGCGAUACUCAUCGGGCUGCUUGGUCUGGCAUUAUUUUGCGGUGCCCAGGAUUUCUUUGAUAGUAUUAUUAUUGGCGCAGAGGUGGCCGUGAGCAUUGGGAUAUGUAUUUAUGUUGUUGUUAUUAGGAGGAGAGUGAGGAAGGGUGUUCUGGCUGAGAUGAAGAGGCCUACCACGGGGGACGUUGAGCUGGAAGGUAGCAGAGAGGAGGUCCCGCGUGUGGAAAGGAGGGUAUCCAAAGAUUUGACACUUUUUGGGUCUGCACCAGCCACCAGAGGAGCCAGUUUGAGCUCGGCCAGGACGGAUGUGGAGCUGGGCGGUCCCCCAAGGGAGGCAAGAGAGUUGGUCUAACGAGGAAGCUGUAAUCUGGAAAUUCUGACGCUCGGUCGAGUCUAGCAAUGUCUAAUACAUGUAAACUUCGCUUUUGAAUCUGGGUAAUCAUAAUAGGUAAUACAAACAAGUCAGCUUGCUGAAUUUCGAAACACA